GCCCCAGAGCAGCUUUCAGCCGGCUGCACAGCCCUUGCUACAGCCGGGGCCAUCCGCAUUUCCGCCACCCGCUUUUCCAUCACCAAAUUUUCCGCCACCGCAGCCUUUCCAACCCAUGCCCACACAGCCAUCGCAGCCACAACUGGCACAGCCACCAGUGGCACAGCCACCGCUGGCGCAGCCACCACUGGCGCAGCCAUCAGUGGCGCAGCCACCCAUGGCACAACCACCACAGACAUCAAUGGCGCAGCCACCACAGAUGUCAGCCGCGCCCACACCAGGACCACCUGCAAAUCCUUUUUCCGCCCCUUCUCAAGUCGCCACCGCAGGCCAAUUCUCCAGUCCAGCUUACCCAACGCCGCCAAGUCCAAUGAACUCUCACGGCUUUGGCCCGCCUUCUUCCUUCUCCGCGCCGCCGCCUGCUGCAGGGCAGGCGCCGAUGGGUCAGCCUCCCUUUGCCCCCAGCGCUCCUUUUGGUGGUGGUGGCUUCGGAGAUGGCUUUGGCCUGCAGCCAGAUGGAGGGGGCGCUUCCCAGGACAGAUCAAAACCGCCCGAGCGGAUGGACUAUGCAGAUACGUUGGAAAAUGACCCCUUGCUCAGCGCUGGCAAGGCGGUUCUGGGCUUUGGCAAGUCGCUUUUUUCGGCUGCCAAUGCUGCCAUGAAGGGAGCGCAGGGGGACAACAGGAACAGCCCGGAGAAAGAGGAGAAGAAGGAGUCGGGGUUCUAUUACGACAAGGAGAGAGGUCGUUGGAUGCAACGUGGCGUGGAGGAGAAGGAUCAGGAUGAUAUCUCCCAGUACGACCCUCUAACGGGCAAGAAGUUGCUUCCCAAGGUGUCGGACAUACCGCCUCCUCCGUCAAUGGGCGGCUUCGGACCUCCACCCGUCGGUCCACCGCCAAGUGGCGUGGCACCGCCGAUGGGUCCACCACCCACUGGAGGUCCUCCAAUGGGUGGGCCACCUCCCAUGGGUGGCCCACCACCAAUGGGUGGUCCCCCAAUGGGUGGUCCACCUCCGAUGGGUGUGCAGCCCCCAGCAGGGGGCCCACCCUCCAUGGGUGGGCCACCACCUAUGGGCGGACCUCCAAUGAGUGGACCGCCAGCAGGAGGCAACCCAUACUCUGCUGGAGCUUUCCAAAGAAAUGCUGGCGCAUCGGCCCUCUAUGUGAAUCCGCUUGGAGGACCAGCAGGCGGUGCAGCGCCCUGCGGUGGAAUGGGAGCGUGUGGAGCAGGCGCUGGAGCCGCACCGGCUUCGCUUUCAGGAGGACCGCCACAAGCGACUCCCUUUGCGCAGGCUGGCAUGGUGAGAGCGACGCCGUUUGGAUAG